CCACCCUACUCUGAAUCAUGGCUGACAGAAACAGCCGAGUCACUGUUAAGAGGAAAGAGAAGAAGUUGGAAAACAAAACAAAUGGUGAGAAGGAGAAGGGGAAAGAAAAGGAUAAGGGGAAAGAAAAGACUGGGAAUAAAUCCGACAAACUUUUGAAAAAGCCAGAGAAGACCCCUGAGCAGCCCAAGACGGAUGAAGAGAAGAAGAAUGGGGGAAGUGAAGGCGCAACAGGAGAAGAGGCAACAAACAGUGAAGAAAAUGGAGAGUUUCAGCCCAUAGAACUGCCACCGUUUGAGAUUGUGACUGGUGAACAGAUGAGCCCGUUCUACUUCAAGUUUCAGUUCAGGAAUGUGGAGUACUCCUCCGGGAGGAACAAGACCCUGCUGUGUUUCAGGGUGGAUACACCAGGAGGCAGCACAGAGCCUCUGAAAGGUUAUAUGGAGGAUGAACAUGCCACAGCUCAUGCGGAAGAGGCCUUCUUUCAACAGGUGCUCCCUAAUGCUUCCCAAGAGUAUGAAGUCACAUGGUAUGUUUCAUCCAGUCCCUGUGUGGCUUGUGCAGCCAAGUUGGCUAAUAUCCUCCAGCAGCGCAAGAAGGUCCGGCUUUGCAUGUUCUGCUCCCGUCUCUUUGAGUGGGAGGAGCCGGAGAUAGUAGAAGGGCUCCGGGCUUUGGUGAGCGCCGGUUGCAAACUGCGCAUGAUGAAGCCGUCUGACUUCGUACAUGUUUGGGAAACGUAUGUCGAGAAGGAGGACCAGACCUUUGAACCCUGGGAGGAUUGUCAGGAGAACUACAACUACUAUGUAGAGAAACUGGCUGAUAUCCUCAAGUAGAUGUGAGUUGGUGCACAUGAUGGACAAGAUCUUCCCAUUGACUGAACCAAAAAUGGGCCUUUUUAUUAAAUCCACAUCGGUUGAAUUUGUGUUUCUUGCAG